UGGASCUGCCUCUGCUGGAGCUGUGACUGAGUGUCCUGCCCGUUCUGCUGAUCCUGAUAAAAUUGAAGAUGAAUUAGAAAUGACCACAGUGUGCCAUAGACCCGAGGGACUGGAACAGCUUGAAGCACAAACUAAUUUCACUAAAAGAGAACUUCAGGUUCUUUACAGAGGAUUUAAAAAUGAAUGUCCUAGUGGGGUUGUUAAUGAAGAAACCUUCAAACAGAUCUAUGCACAGUUUUUUCCUCAUGGAGAUGCCAGCAUGUAUGCACAUUACCUCUUCAACGCCUUYGACACUGCACAGAAUGGCUCAGUGAAGUUUGAGGAUUUUGUGAUGGCRUUGUCCAUUCUGCUGCGGGGAACUGUUCAUGAAAAGCUGAGAUGGACAUUUAAUCUGUAUGACAUAAAUAAGGAUGGCUAUAUAAACAAGGAGGAAAUGAUGGAUAUCGUGAAGGCAAUUUAUGAUAUGAUGGGAAAAUACACGUAUCCAGUGCUCAAGGAAGAUGCACCAAGGCAGCAUGUGGAAGUGUUUUUCCAGAAAAUGGAUAAAAACAAAGAUGGAGUUGUAACUUUAGAUGAGUUUAUUGAAUCGUGUCAGGAGGAUGACAAUAUCAUGAGAUCCUUACAGCUCUUCGAGAACGUCAUGUAACCAGAUGAGCAUGGGAGGAGUUUGAGGCUUCCUGUGUAACAAAGAUCUCCUUUCUGGGUGAAAGCUUUUUACAAUUGAGCCAUGUCCAGUGUAUGAGGAUUUUGUAUGACAUCUCCAACCAAAUGGCAACUGAAUGCAACCAAUCCCACCUCUUGUCCCCAGGAGAUGCCGGUGGACCUUUGUUUCGUUUUGGAAGCAUGUGAAUAUUUUAAUAAAUCCUGACAACAGAAAACUGCUGCUAGAAGUUCAAUGAGUAAUAUAGAGCAUUGUUUGCUAGGCACAAGUCCUGCUUUUAAUCUAGCAAGCUUAAUUCCCUAUGAUAGCACACGUUGAUAGCUAUUCAGCCAUCUAUUGCAAGCUCAGUCCAUACCUCUGUUCAGCACAAUGUUUUAUGGAUGCCUUGCCAUUAACCUGCUUUGACAAAACUUCAGUCUACCAGGGCAGUCUGUGAAAAAAUGAAGUCAGUGUCCCUGGGACAUUAAACAGACAGCCCAUGUAGCCAGUACCCCAUUUCUGCAGAGAUCCCACUUAUCCUCUCACAUGCACUGGUGCCACCAUGCUGAGUUUAGUGGGGUUCUUCCUGUUCUUCCUGAACACAUUACCMGGUGAUCUUCAUGCCAUGGUGAGCCAAAAAGGAGCAAAAUAUGUUGCACAUGUUAAUAUCAAAGUACAGAACAAAUGCUGUCCAGCGAUGGUAAGUUCCUAGAGGACCAGGCAGGUGUAUAAGGGCUGGUACAGAAAGACGAGCACCUGCUCUGGAUCCAGCUGCCUGCUGUGGUACCAGCAUGACAGCGACACCAGGUGAUUCUCCACUGGGCAUCUCAGCAGCACCACCACGGGCGUGUGCUCUGGCACAUGCUUCCUAGCUUCAUUGUUGGAUAUUACUGUAAGGUCUUGCWCCAUUUAUGCAUUUAUUUAAGCUUUCUUGUUUUACUUAGUGAAGAACAGGGCCCAAAGAUGCAGCUGUGUUUCAACACACAGAUCUUGGCACCCAUAAAGUGGCCUGCACAUUUGAUUGGGAGCUAUUGAAUUAUUGCUAGCCUCAGAAUCAGCUGCCAGGCCUGUAUUUUUUUCCUACAACACAUGUGCAUGUCUUGCACAAACCCCAUUUCCUUGUUAGUGCCAAGUAGAGUAUUGGUUUAGGGGUUUAGUUUUUUAAUUAAUAAAACAGAAAUACUCAUGUAGUGAAUUUACAGCAAGGCUGGGUGAUUUGUCAGCUGUGGAAUAUGGCAGAGCCUUCUCUGCAGAAACCUCUUAGGAGAGCUGAGACACCAGAGUGCCAUUGCCAUCUCCAGGUCAACARUGGCUGAUAAAUGAAAGGAAGGAGAGAACAGCCAACUCUUCCAGCUGCUCAAAACACACAGAUGGGACAGUCCUGGCYAUAGUGCUACACCAUCCAGUAAGCAUCUAUUUUUAUUGUAUCACAUACUAUAUUACARACAAACUGUUAGCAGUGAAGAUAUAUUUUGGAAAAUAUGCAAGUGGAAGCUUUUUAUAAUACAGAAUAUAUAGAAUGCCUCAGAUCUGUAGCCCUAAUUUUAUAAAAAUAUCAUCUAUUGGAACAUUCCUUAUUAUAGAAGUAGGUCUUAUCAGUUUUAGUAUAAUGGUAUGCCAGUUCCUCAAGAGGGGGCAUUUUCCCUUUUCACUGUGCUCCUCCAGUCACUUUUGUGUAGUCUGAACUUUAUUUCUUUAAGUUGUCCCCGGUGGUCAAAAGUGCAAUUCAAAUGAAGUUAAUGUCUGCAGGAGUGACACCUUAGUGUAUCUUUCUUUUCGUACAGAUACCGUUAAUGAAUUCCCUCCCAGCRGGGAUCCAGAGAAUAGCAGCUCCAGGAGUAGCUGGGAUCUGCAGGAGGGAUUUGCUACGCUCUGGGGUAGUCUUGUCCUCCAAGUGCUGGGUAUUGUCAUUUAGGCUUUAUUUAACAGGCACUUGGUAAAGACAUCAGUUGUAGCUUAAAUAAUACACACUUUACAUUCUUCCUUCUUGAUUCUUCUUGCAAUCACUUUGGCAAAUGACAGAAUUUAAUACAAUUGCCAGAUUUUCCCUCCCACCAAAAGAACAUCUUAGCAGUUCACUUCAGCAGAGGGAGAAGUGGUCAGAACAAAUGAAAAGAAGGAUUUGAAUCAGAUUAGCACAGUGCCUUUUUCCUCUAAUAAUCUUGCUUCAAGGGUGUUUCAGAGAUGGCACAUACAGGCAGCAAUGUUUGGAAUAUGCCCUUUUCGAAAGAAAAUGUUAUUAGUUGCAUGAUGCCAUAGUCCCUGAAGCUAAAUUAAUUUCUGGAGUUACUGUGAUGAAUUUGGCCUCAGCUAUGUUUCCUGGCCUCGCUGGCAGCAGUUCUGUGGGGCUGCCUGUGUUACUAGGGCUGUCACUGCUUCCUCUUGAGUGUGGCUCCAGUUCAGCAGCAAGGAGGUGGUGUCACUGUCAGUGUGUGCUGAAGUGCAYUGCUGAAAUCAGGGUACCAGUACUGGCCCUGCACUUCGGGCAUCUCCUUUGCUGCUCCACUGUGCCUGCUUUUCACUGCCAGCAGCAAYGAGGGUACAUCAGGCAGACAGGGAGAUGCUCACAGCCCCCCUGAGUGUGCCCUUAGAGGAAAACGAGCUUUGGUUUGGAUCCCACAGGAGUCAGACCCCUCCCACACACCCCUGGUGUUCAGCCCUGUGUUGAGCUCUGGGCUUCAGCAGAAGCCCAGGGUAGCUGAGACAGGAGGACUUGCAAAGUGGUACCCACAACUGUUUUCCCAAAGCUCAGACUGCAGAAUCUGUCUCUGGCAGGGUCCUUGUCAUUGCAAAACCAGUUAGGACCCUUUGUUUGCCCCUGAUCCCACUGUUACAGCCAGAGGCUGGGAUGCACCAGUGCAUAGGCAGCCUCUGGGUUUUCCAUCAGCAGCAUCUGUACAUGACAGGUGUGCUCCAGCUGACAGGUGACAGACAUCCCAGUGACUGUGAGAGAGCUGCACUCUGCAUGGAAAUGGCUUUGGGGUUUUUUUAAAUGUUUUCUGUGAAUGUUACUCUGUAAAAUUGCCA